UAUUUUACUUGUCACUUUUUAAUUUUUUAAUUUGUGAAAAUUAAAAAAAUGAAUUAAAGCAGUCCAAAGCUGCUCCGAUGUAACCAACUUCCUCCCAUAUCUAAAUGCUGCUGCACGGUCACACUCGAACCGGCUCUUGAAAAGCGGCCACACUCUUGCCAUUUAGAGUGCCCGCAUUCGCCACCCUGUUCAAUUUUGUUUGGGUUUGAGGCCAGACAGAGGAGUCAUUAAUUUUAAACAAAGGACCACGCUUCAGGACAUUCAUCCCGGGUCAGACAAAGCCGCCACACGCUUUCCCCGCGGUCGAGUGAAAGUUUCUCGCCUUGUCGCCGCUUAACAUCCGAAGCGACCGGACAUGAACAAGCGCAACCAUAUCCGCCUGCCGCCAGAGGUGAAUCGGCUAUUGUACGUGCGGAACCUGCCGUACAAAAUCACCUCGGACGAGAUGUACGACAUAUUCGGCAAAUUUGGAGCCAUUCGACAGAUACGCGUAGGCAACACUCCGGAAACGCGUGGCACCGCCUUUGUCGUCUACGAGGACAUUUUCGAUGCCAAGAACGCCUGCGACCAUUUGUCCGGUUUCAAUGUGUGCAAUCGCUAUCUGGUGGUGCUCUACUACCAAUCCAACAAGGCCUUCAAGCGCGUGGACAUGGACAAGAAGCAGGAGGAAUUGAACAACAUUAAGGCCAAGUACAAUCUGAAGACGCCGGAGGCUCCUUAGAACCCGCACUCGAUGCGGCAGGCGGGGAUGGGGCAGAGCCAGACAUUGGGCCCCACCAGAUGACGCCCCCACUUCCAUCGACCAUUUUCCAUUGUUUAGGGAACUUCUUGCUCUACUUAUG